ACCGCCGUCCGACUGCAUUGUGUUUUGUUUCAUUUCACAAGUUUACCAGAUUUUCCUGCCAAAAGGAUGCCCAAGGAGAAGUCCAAGACCCGACAUCGCAGCCGCAGUCGCGACAGGCGGGAUCAUCGCAGUCCGGAUGUGAAGAGCAGCAGGAACAGGGAUCGAGAGCGGGAUCGCGAUCGUGAGCGGGAAAAGGAGCGGGAUCGCAGGGACCACAAGCGGGAUCGCAAGGAAAAGGACAAGGGCAGGGACGCUAAGAGCAGGGAGCACAAGAGCCGGAGGCACCGGUCCUCCUCCAGCUCCUCCUCGUCCAGUUCCUCGGACAAUUCGGCGCCUGGCGGCCCCCGUUCGCCGCUGGCCAAGAGUUCGAUGAAGCUGCUUCAAACCCUGGAGGCGCGUCGCCUGGUCGAGCAAAAGGACCGCCAGCGGAAGAAGGACGAGCUGAAGGCCCAGGAAACGCCCGAGGAGAAGCGCGCCCGCCGGCUGCGCGAGAAGCAGGCCAAGGAGCAGCGGCGGCGCGAGCGAAUGGGCUGGGACAACGAGUACCAGACGUACUCCAACGAGGACAACCCCUUCGGCGACUCCAAUCUCACCUCCACAUUCCACUGGGGCAAGAAGCUCGAGGUGGAGGGCCUGUCCAAUCUGUCCACCAAAACCGUGGAGGUUCUGUCCCUGCAGAAGCAGCUGGAAAACCGCCGCGAGCUGGAAAAGGUCAAGAAGCGGCGCCAGGAGAGGGAACUGGAGCGACAGGUGCGCGAGGACGAUCUCAUGAUGCAGCAGCGCGCCAAGGAGGCGGUGCAGUUCCGCGAGUGGCAGCGCCAGGAGGACCAGUUUCACCUGGAACAGGCUCGCCUGCGCAGCGAGAUUCGCAUCCGCGAUGGCCGGGCCAAGCCCAUCGAUCUGCUGGCGCAAUAUGUGGCCGCCGGGAACGCGCCGCUCGAGGAGUCCCUCGAGAUGCAGAUGCACGAGCCCUAUGUCCUGCUCAACGGCCUGCCCAUGGAGGAACUGGAGGAUCUGUUGGUCGACAUAAAGGUCUACGAAGAGCUGGAGCAGGGCAAGCACAUUGAUUUCUGGAACGACAUGAUCACCAUUGUGCAGGACGAACUGCAGCGGCAACAGAAGCUGCAGGCGGAGAACACAUCGCUCAACCAGCGCCGCGAUGGCAUCCACCAGGCGGUGGUCAAGGAUGUGGCGGACAUCUUUAGGGGCAAGAACGCCCAGCAGCUGGAGGAGAUGCGGCAGCGCAUCGAGGCGAAGAUCAGCGGGCGGGCAGAUGGCGUGGACAUCAGCUACUGGGAGAGUCUGCUGUCGCAGCUGAAGGCGCACAUGGCCAGAGCUCGACUGCGGGAUCGUCAUCAGGCCCUGUUGCGCGAAAAGCUGCUGCUGCUCAAGAGGGAAAACGACGACGAGGGGACCCAGGAGGAGGUGGCGCCACAAGUCAAGGAGGAGGAGAUGGAAACGCAGGAAACAGAGGAUGCGGAGGACGGCGAGGGCUCACCCAAGGACGAAGAGGAUCCCCUCAAAGAGUUGCGCGAUGCAGUGCGCCUAUACCAGGCGGGAAACUACAGUCCACGCUACAUACGCGAGGAGGAUUUCACCGGCAGGCGAGUGCAAAACGAAGACGACGAAGAGCCGGAGGGUGAAGGAGCCCUCUACGAGGAGGAGGACGAUGAGCGGCGCACACAGAGGCAGCGUCUUCUGAUCCUUCACCCCGAGCGCGUGGACACCAAUCAUCUGACGCCGCAGGAGCUUCGAAUGCGCAACGAGGCCAGGCAGGGAAUGCAGGGCGACGAGGCCGAGUUCAGUGUCGAGACCACCCUGGACGCAGUGCCUCAGCUGGCCACCGACAAGUACCGACCGCGCAAGCCGCGCUACUUCAAUCGCGUGCACACCGGCUUCGAGUGGAAUAAGUACAACCAGACUCACUACGACAUGGACAAUCCGCCGCCCAAGAUCGUGCAGGGUUACAAGUUCAACAUAUUCUAUCCGGACCUCAUGGACAAGUCUCAGACGCCGCAGUACUUCCUCACCCCCUGUGCGGACAACGGCGACUUUGCCGUGCUGCGCUUCCACACGGGACCGCCGUACGAGGACAUCGCCUUCAAGAUCGUCAACCGGGAGUGGGAGUUUAGCUACAAGCGGGGAUUCCGCUGCCAGUUUCACAACAACAUCUUUCAGCUGUGGUUCCACUUCAAGCGAUAUCGCUACAGGCGGUGAAUUGCGCUUUACCUUCGGGAACCCCGUUUUUUUUGUAGCCCUUAUGUUAUGUCCAAAAUAAAAUGUAAGAACAGAAA